ACUACAUCAGAAAGUCUAGGAGUACAACUUACGGGAUUCCUAUCCACUUAUUGUGUUUUCUCAGAUCUAUGAAGCAAUUAAAUAUGCACAUAUUACAUAUAUACUUUUCUACGAAUGAUGUUGAAAGUGAAGCGGUCAAUUUGGUUCUGUUUGUCUGUACUCGGCGUUCCUGCUCUACUUGAUCUAGCGUCCGUUGGCAUCCAUGAGUACUUUUUCAGGUGAAAGAAGUCAAGACGACCAAAGUUCUACGAGGCAUCGUUCACCUAUCAAAAGGAGAUCAAGAAGUCGUUCUCCUCAACAAAGUCGAGUGAGAUCAAAACGCAUAGUCAUUGCAAACAUCCCAUAUGAUUUAAAUUGGCAAAAACUGAAGGAGUUGUUUAGAGAACAAAUCGGGUUUACUGGCUUUCUACAGUUGUUUAAAAAAAAUGGAAAACCAAACGGUAUGGGUUUGAUGGAGUUCAAGACACUCGAAGGAGCACAAAAAGCUAUUGAGAUGAUGCAUCGGUUUGAAGUUGGAGACAGAAAAUUGGUUGUUCGACAAGAGACUGCUCGUGAUGCUGCUCGCUUUGCAUCAAUGGAAGUUGACGGAGGGCUUCUAAGUGAUUCUGGAAAUCCCAACGAGUCUGUAAAUAUGGCAGCAGCAGGACCUGUUUUCACUCCUCAAAUCUUAGGUCAAGUCGGUAUGGACGGGCCAAUCACUGAUUCUGUGUACGUCAGUAAUCUUGACUAUAGUGUAACGUGGCAGAAGCUUAAAGAUGUCUUCAAAUCAGCUGGGAAAAUUCUCAGCUCGGUUAUAAAAACAGACUCAGAAGGGAAUUCUCGUGGUGUUGGCAUAUUAAAAUUUUCGAAUGCGUAUGAAGCAGUCCAAGCCGUCAAUAUGUUUAACAACCAGAUAUUAAAAGACAGACCAAUGCGUGUAAAGAUUGAUCGCCAGGGUACUCCUGCUUCAAUGAACAUAGUUUAUCCCCCACAACAACGAACUGGCUCAUCUGGAAUUCUGGGUUCCACUGGUUCAAUGAUCCCCUCCAAUCCUAUCCUGACUGACCAACAACAAUCUUCAAAUAUUAUUGCUGCUCUUGUGACUUUACUUGGUUUGAAAACAAAUGCCGAUACAAAUCCUCAGAGUGGCAUAAUUGAAGUUCUUCGUAAUUUGGCGUCAAAUGCAAAUCUUUCUGGGGGUCUGAAUACUUUGGCAACUACUGGAUCAUCUAAUAACUCUUCCAACUUUACUGGUCAGUCAUUGUCAUCAAUCCCAGAUGCUUCACCAAGUUCAGGAAUCAAUCGAUCCUACUCAGGUCAACUCCCUCAAGAUGGAUUACAACAAUUAAUUUCAGCAGCUGUCGCUGGUGGAAUGUCUCAGACACAAAUAACCUCUGUAUUAUCGACUCUAGGUUUUUUCCAGAAUUCUCAUUCGGAUCAUCAGUCUGGUCAGUUGAAUGCUUCAAAUAUUAUUGGUCGAGAUGGUGGUGGGUGUGGUGACAGAAGCGUUGAUAGAUCACAUUUUGACAAUGGAUAUGUUGGUCGUUCAAAGUAUGAAAUUCCAGGUAAUUAUCGGGUAGAUUCUCGGAGUAACAGACAAGAUUCAUAUAAUAUUGGCGGUUCUCUGAUGAAAUCAGGGUCGCCUAAUCUUCCGGGCCGUGGAAGUUACUCUAGAUCAUCUGAUCGAGGACGUGAUGAAAAUGGUCCACAACAUAACAAUGAUCGACGUCAGAUACCUGAAAAAGUAGUUGUGAAAAAUCUUCCAUUCUCAUUUGAUUCACAUGAUGUGAAAAGAAUAUUCAGAGAAGUUGGAGAUCUAAACACUUGUAAUCUGGUAACAGACUCUCAAGGUCACUCUCAAGGAAUCGCAUUUAUCACCUAUGCAGAUAUUGAUGGUAUUUAUCGUGCAAUAGAUGCUUUUGACGGUAAAAUAUUUGAAGGACGACGUCUUCGAGUGCAUGCUGAAUAAUAAUAUUAGAUUGGAUUACGGUUUAUCUUACUUUUACAAAAAAUGUAUUCUUCGUUUAUACGAACAGUUAUGCACCGUCGAAUGUUUUUAUCGUUUCCUCCAGUUUGUGGCAACGUUCAUUUCUUCUUUACUGUAUAUCGAUAUUAUUGUUGUUAUUAUGUUUCCACCUGUGAAUGAACAUUGUUUGUUAGGUACAUGAAAUUCUUUUCAUUGCUUACAUGAUAAACAAUGAUAGUAAUAAUAAUCACAAAUGCAUAUGGGUUUAUAAAAUGUUUUAUUUUCUCUGUUUCCCACCAUUUUCGGAUUUUCUAUCUUUUUAUAUUUAUUGUUGUUGCCCGACGCAUUUUUAUUGUCCGUUUGUUAGUUUGUCGUUUUCACUUUCAUGCCGUUAUUACCGUUCAAAAAAUAAUCAUCGUCAUAGCCACUAUGGUUACUAAGGAAAUAUAACAUUUUUCUAUUAUGUGUUUCUGUAUUGUUACGUUCUAAUGUAAAUUGGUGGUUGUUAUGAAAAUAUGCAGUAAUAAAUAGAUCCCUUAGCUUUUUAUUAAUGGAU